AUGAUGAUGCGGGGUGCUUUUAAUUUCCCACCGAACCCGACACCAUCCGUUCAACCCCAACCGAUACCGACGCAACCCGUUCAACAAUCCGAACCCGACGACGAUAUGGAGGUUGUUCCCGAAACCCAACCGUCUAAAGAAAAAGGCAAACGAAAAAAAGGCAAGCAAGUGGUGGGUGAGCAACCGGCCAAACCGAAGUCGACUAAGUGGACGCCAAUCGAAGAAGAAACCUUAGCCAAAGCUUACAUAGGUAAUAACCAAACGGGUGACGGGUUUUGGUCCAAGGUUUUGGCGAAGUUCCUCGAGCUUAUGGACCAAGGCCCGUAUCGAGAUAUCGACUCGGUGUCAUCAAAGUGGCGGAAAAUGAACGGGGUCGUCAAUAAGUUUUGCGAGGAAUACAAUAAAAUAUAUACAAGUGGGCGUCGUAGCGGCAUGAGCGACGUCGAUGUCUUCAAACAAGCGUUGGAGAAGUAUAAGGCGAACAAUGGUAAUACCAACUUUGCUCACAUUCGCGCGUGGGAAGUUUUAAAAACGCAACCAAAAUGGGCGCCGAUUCCCAACGAGGUGGAGAUGGUGAAACGCGAAAAAACAUCGGAAACGGGUAGUUUUAGCGCCAGUGGAUCAGACGCGAGGUGUCACAUAAACUUAAAUGAUGACGCCGAGUUUGACGAAGAAGAGUACGCCGUACAUGAAGAUGAGCGUCCACCGGGCCGAGACAAAUCAAAGAAGGAACGGGCCAAGGGAAAAGAAAAGGAAAAGGUGGACCCGAAGAUGAAAGAGUUUAUGGAACACCUAAAAACGUACACGGACGUCUCGGCCCAAAAGGCGAAGGCGAAGGCGAAGGAGCGGGCCGUCGAAGAAAAAACUCGUGUAGCGGAAGAAAAGUUACGCGAGAAGGUCCGAUUGUCGAAUGAGAAAAUCCGAAUUUCCGAUGAAAAAUUCGGCUCAAGAAAUGGGAAAUAA